AUGGCGGAUUCGGAAGCGAACGCGAAGGUUCACAAACGUAAGCGAAAGCAGAAAAUCCAUGACCAGCCCAAAAAACCUUCCAAACUGCACCGUUUGGAGUCUGCUCAGAAGCCUCAGGACCCUGUGAGGUCUUCCACUCCAUGGAACAAUCUUCAAUUGAUACUGUGUAUUCAAGACAGACAACUUGAUCUUCACAGUAAGGUCAAUCAGGCAUUCAAUUUUGUGAGUUCGAUAGUGGGUGAUGGUGCUGACAUUGAUCAGCAUUGUGAAGCUGUAAAACUACCAAGACUACUAGGUUACCUUAAUGAUUGGAUCCUGACAGUGUUGUUCCCUCCAAAUGGGAAGGAAAACUGGGGUGAUGGAAAAACACCCCAGCUUGAUGGAAUUGAUGCAUAUAUGGAUCUUAGUUGUUGGGAAAUUUUCAAGUUCUGCUUGCAGGAGUCUUUGAAGCUUCGUGUCUCUUUGAAUAUGUCGCGGAACCUCUUACAGACUGUUCAAUUUAUUGUCAAAAAUGCUCUAUCUCUACUAGAGGACUUCUCCACUUGUUCAGAAGAAGAUUUUAAAUCUGAGGAAAAGUUUAAACUAUACGAUAUUGCUCUUGAUUGUAUUUCGUUGGUGUUCUCAUCCCAUGGCGGGUUGUCAAAUGAAAAUUUGGACUUAUGGGUUGAAACAACUGGGGCAGUGCUUGAGCUUGUCUUAAAAGUGUAUGAUAAGAACCUUGAUGGAAGCUGUGUGGGUGCUUGUGUAUUCCGUUUUUUGUGGUUGGUGCUUCAGCCCUUCUCCAAAUUUUUGAGGGUCCAUCCAGCUAGAAAAGGAUUUCAAAAUUUUGUGGACAAACUUCUUGAACCAUUGUUGCAUUUGUCUGGUGAGUUGCAUCUUCGGGUUAAUAGAAGUGAUCCCAUUUGGACAGGGAGAUUGGUGAAGGUGGUUGAAGAAGUUAUUUCUCACGGACUUUUUCAUCCAGUUCAUAUUGAUGAAUUUUUAAGCUUACAUGGUUCAGAAAAGUAUGCCGCUUCAUGUGAUGAUAAACCAAAAGAUUCAAAAGCAACCAUUAAGAGUUAUCAUAGACAUUUGUUUGAUGUUCUGAACAAAAUUAUAUCCAGAAAGAACGCUAUAGCAAUGGGCAGCUUAGGUUUGAUGUUUCGCUUGUUUGCCGAUUCCGCGAGAAAGUUCAGGGGAACUUCAGUUUUGCAUGAAGGGAGCAACACAAUGGAGAAAAUAAAUGAUUCAAGGCCAGAAGAAUCUUGUAGCUCCAAUAGUAUUUCUGUAGAUACUCAAAAAUCUCUUUUUAAUUUUUUGGUACUGAUUAUGGAGCCUCUUUUGCUCGAGAUGAAUGCCUUUCUCCAAGCUAAAAUAAAUGCCAAGCUCCUUUUUUCUGAUCUUUAUGGUAUACUAAAGUCUAUUGGUAAUUUGCUUGCUAGUUUUAUGCAAGAGAAAGUAUAUGUGAAAACAGAGGACACAUCUGGAGGAGCUUGUCUCAAUUUCUUGAAGAAAAUAUUUAAUACAUUGAUAGCUAGUUCCACUAGUAUACUCUGCUUGUCCAACUGCGAUACAACUGAUGUGAUGGGGAUGGAAACAUUUUUUUUAUCCGCUAACGAGAUAUUAGUUGCAAUGGGCUACCUUUUGGAAAUUGAAUAUGAGGUUAUUGGAGAAGAUUUGGUGAAUUUAUGGCUUAUUUUGUUAUCAUACUCCACCGUCAAUUGCAAUAUGGCAAGUGCUUUUGAUCGAAGCUCAUUAUCUUCAACUAUUCCUGCCUUGGGAUGCCAAAUAGUUAAUCUCUACAGUCAACUUCGCCAGGUGCAAAUUGCCAUUCUAGCAUUGUGCAAAGCGCUAAGGCUUAUGACUUGGGAUGGUGAUGCUGAAGAAAGUUCUUCUAAGUUAUUGACAUUUCUGUCUAAUAAUGUUUAUUCCGAAUCAGUCGAAAGGCUGUUAUCUUCACAUAAGUUCAUCCACACCAUUUAUAAAGCCAUGGAAUCUAUUCCAGAAGGGCAAGUGAGUGGGUUUGUUAGACAGAUAACAGAUGAUAUAUCAGAAACUCUUAGGUGGAUGAAAAACUGCUCUCCAUUGGCUGAUGGAAACAAAUUGCGAAUGAUUAAUCUGCAUGCGGAACUCUUGGGUAGAGGGCUCUCUAGACUGUAUUCUUUAGUGCUUGAUUCAGCCACUAUAACUGAAGGCAAUAGCAAUCUUGUUGGAGUUGCUGUUAAAGAACUUAUGUCAUUAUUGCGCCCCUACUUGAGUAUUCUAGUUGUACAACAACCAGAUACUAUUUCCAAGUUUUUUUCAUCUAUAUUAGGAGAAACUCCUGAUCGAGCUGUUGGAAAGGACAAAGUUUUGAAGAAAUUUGGCAGGUCCAGUCAAUGGGUCUUUGUGCUCUUUUUGCAAUUGUUUUUGUCCAGCCGAAGCUUGCUUAGGCAAGCAAUCAGCCUUGCGCCUCCUAGUAUAUCAAAAAAAAUGUCAGCCGAGAUGGGGGAUUACUCAGCAUAUUCUGCCUUUGAGUUGAUGGAGAGGACUGAUGAGACCGACAUUGGUUUCUUCUCGUGGAUUGCCCAGCCUUCUGCCUCCCUCCUUGUUGUUAUGCAAUUAAUUUCAGACUUCUAUCUAAAGUAUGACUUCAAUGAUUCCUCCCCUUUGGUUUAUAUCUUUCAGUCUAUGGCUCUUCAGAGGCUUGUUGACUUGAAUAGGCACAUUGUAUUGUUGAAGUAUUUGCAAAAUAAGCUUUAUAGAUCACGAAUCAAGGCCCUGAAGGAAGAGGCUGCUGGACUUACUAAUUUUAUUAUGGAAAACAUAUCGUGUGUGUAUCAAUCCCCUAUCUUUGUUUCUGAUGAUGUUAAGAGUGAGGAUUUAGUUUCUUUGGCUCCUCAAAUCAACAAAUGGAAUCAGGGAAUUUAUGUUGCUAACAAAAAUUCAUUGCCAAUAGCCAUUUGGUCAAAUCUCUGCAAAAAUGUUGAUAUUUGGGGAAAUCAUGGUUCCAAGAAGCAGUUGAAAAAAUUCUUCUCGCAUUUACUUCAAACUUCCCUUCAUUGUGUAUCAAGCAGUUUUCAAGAGCCAGCCACGCAAGAUAAUUGUAAGCUACUCAAGAGAGUCACUUUGCCGCAUAUAUCAUCAGACCUUCUAAGUGAUUCAGUUUUGUAUGAGCUAAAGUUUGCCCACAGGAAUCUAGCCACGAUCUUUUGCAGUGCUUUAGAGAAAUCUGUAUUACCACUGUUUAGUAAUACCACAUGUACUGCUGUCGAGCUUGGGUCAGUGCCUAACUGGAUUGAGUUUUUAAGGGGCCUCGACAACUCAAAAGAGGUUCCAGUUGAUUGUUCUGCUGUUAAAAUGCCGGCCGCUCAUUCAUGCGAUAAGCUUAAUGCAGAUAUCAGCAGCAGAGAAAAUUCCUCCCCUCUUACCAUCAAGAGUUUCAUAGAUUGCCACCAUUUGCUUAAUCUCUUAACUUUGAUGUCAGAUGUCAAUACAGGAUCAGUUUCACACAUUGCAUCUUGUAUUUUCAACCUUGAAAGGCUUCUUGUAAAUGCCUUGAUAUAUUUUCAAAGCACAGUGUACCGGGACUAUUAUUGUGAGUAUUUGAGGUUAUUUGUCUCGUGCCGGAAGGCCUUAAGAUAUAUAUUAAUGGGUUUAAGUGAGAAGACAGACACCACCCGUUCCACACCAAACUCGGUUAUUUCAGAAAGUUCGUAUCCUGUUUUGUGGUUUUCAAAGUCAUUAACUAUGAUUGUUGGAUUUCAAGAGUAUGUAGAUUCUUCCAAGCUUGAGCCAUUGAAGUGUUUAACCUUAAUGGCUCAGAAUUUGAAAGAGCAGAUGCAAAAUUUGCUUGCAUCUCAAAAGGGACAUGGUCUUACUUGUGAAAACUUGAAUAGAUUGUCUUCGGAAGUUUCGUGCUUCAGUGGGGUUUUGUGGGCCUUAACAUCUGCCCUGGGUCAAACUAAUGCUAAAGAUAGUGGUUACAAAGAAAAAGUGUUGAUGUGGAAAAGUGAACAUGUCUCUGAACUAAAAAGUUGUAUAUUUUCUUUUGAAGAAGUUGUUAAGUUUUUCAUAGACAACUUGCUCGGUAAGAAUAAUCAACUCUCCGUAAAUUUGCAUGAUACCCAGAAUUUUGAGAAGCCAGCCUUCGACUUAUCUUUCUCUGGUACGAAGUAUUUGUUAUCUGAAUGCUCAGUUUCUAAGGCAAAUGGCUCAGCUGGAAUGCAAAAAGAAUCUAAAACGAAAGCUACUUGCUCCACUUCAUCAGCAACUGAUAAUGUCUCCAAAAGUGGCAGUGAAGUUGAAAUAAUGUCAACUCCCGAAAGUGUAAAUUUUGUUGCCAGUGUUUUGGCUAGGGAUGAUUCCCCUGAGCCACUGAGUUUGAAUAAACCUUUGUUACAAAGCUUGGUAAAAGGUGAUAAUCCUGAAGUAGCUUUUUUACUUAGACAACUGUUAAUAGCUGCGUCGUCUCUUUUGAGGCUAAAUUUGCAGAUGGGUGAUUCACCAUUGCCAUCAGGUUGUGUGCCUGCAUUUAUUGAAAUCUCACAAGUAUUGUUAUUAGAAUUUACAGAGAUGGUUGGGGUCCCACAACAAUCUGCUUUUCUUUUGUUAGACGGUGCUCUCAGCUAUCUGAGAGAAUUAGCAAGUUAUUUUCCUUUCACAGAUCCUACCUCAUUGAGUAAAGUUUAUACAAAAUUGGUACAAAUUCACAUGAGGGCAAUAGGCAAGUCCAUAUUGUUGCAAGGAAAAAGGGCAAAACUAACCUUGCACGAAAGACAGUCAAGCACAAAGACACUGCAUAAAGGACAAUUUGAAGCUUGCUCUUCUAAUGAAAUGCACGACUUUUGCUUGAAUGAAUUGAAAACUAGGCUGCGGGUGUCAUUCAAAGCAUUUAUAGAGGGGCAGUCGGAGUUGCAUCUUUUGUCUACAAUACAGGCCAUUGAGAGAGUUCUAGUUGGAGUACAAGAAGGAUGCACUAUAAUCUAUGGCAUAAAAACAGAUAAAGAUGGGGGUGAAAUUUCAACACUUGUGGCAGCUGGCAUUGAUUGCUUGGACAUGAUUCUCGAAUUUGUUUCAGGUCGGAAAAGCUUGAAGCUGAUCAAAAGACACUGUCAGAGCUUAGUAUCUGCUGUUUUCAACAUUAUUGUGCAUUUACAAGGCCCACAUAUAUUUUAUGUUAACUUGAGAUGUAAAACAGUUGCCAGUAGUACUCCUGAUCCUGGGUCAGCCAUUCUCAUGUGUGUUGAAGUGCUAACUACAAUUUCAAGGAAACAUGGUCUUUUCUCAAUGGAUGUGUGGCAUGUGGGUCACAUGUUACAUAUCCCUGCUGCACUCUUUCAGAAUUUCCAUCAACAUAGAAUUUCUAAAGCUUCUCGUCCUUCAGAUUCAUUUAUGGUCUCGGAAGAGCAAAAUUCUCAUUCGGCAGAUGAAGUGAAUUUCUGUCAUGUAGAUCACCAGUUCACGAUUAAUCUGUUUGUUGCCUGUUGUCAACUAUUGUGUACCAUUAUAAGGCAUCGUCCAAGUGAGUGCAAACAGUGUGUUGCCCAUCUUGAAGCCUCUGUCGCUGUUCUUCUUAAUUGCUUGGAGACAGUUUUAGAGAACAACAAAUCACUGGUGAGUGAAGGUUGGUUUAUGUGGGAAGUAGAAGAGGGGGUGAAAUGUGCUUGUUUUCUUCGAAGAAUAUAUGAAGAGAUAAAACAGCAAAAAGAUAUAUUUGGUCGGCAAUGUUGUUUAUUUUUAUCCAACUAUAUAUCGGUUUAUUCAGGAUAUGGUCCCAAAAGAAGUGGUAUCAGAAGAGAAGUAGAUGAAGCUUUACGACCCGGUGUCUAUGCUUUGAUAGAUGCCUGCUCCGUUGAUGAUCUUCAAUAUCUUCACACUUUUUUUGGAGAGGGACCUUGUAGAAGUACCUUGGCAACUCUUCAACAUGAUUACAGACUCAAUUUUAAAUAUGAAGGAAAAGUGUGA